CCAUAGAAGAAGAAGGAGAAGAAGAAGAAAAAGAGUCGCUGUUUUUCCGGUGACAGCAGGGAAAUGACAGCACAGUGCAACUCGGCCUUUUCGUUCAGCUGAUUUCAGAAGAUACAUAAAACAGGAGGCUGUCUGCCUUUGAACUUGGAGAACUGAUUCUUUAUGAGCCUCCGGGAGCUGCAGCAGCAUGGCAGAUGACAAGGAUGUGUUGAGGGAUGUUUGGUUCGGCCGGAUCCCCACCUGUUUCACUCUGCACCAAGAUGAGGUUACUGAGAAAGAGGCCGAGCCUUACUAUCUGCUGCUGCCCAGGGUGAGCUACCUCACUUUGGUUACAGACAAAGUGAAGAAACACUUCCUUAAAGUGGUGAGGGUGGAAGACGUGGAGGAGAUGUGGUUCGAGUAUGAAGGGACGCCCCUAAAAUGGCAUUAUCCAAUUGGUGUUCUUUUUGACCUUCAUGCCUCCGCUGUCUUGCCUUGGAACAUCACUGUGCACUUUAAGAAUUUUCCAGAUCGUGACCUGCUUCACUGUCCGUGCAACUCUGUGAUCGAGGCUCACUUCAUGUCCAGCAUCAAGGAGGCAGACGCUCUGAAGCAUAAGGGCCAAGUGAUCAAUGAUAUGCAGAAGAAAGACCACAAGCAGCUGUGGAUGGGCCUGCAGAAUGAUAAGUUUGACCAGUUCUGGGCUAUGAACAGGAAAUUGAUGGAAUAUUGCUCCGAGGAAGAAGGCUUCAGAUACAUUCCCUUCAGGAUAUACCAGACAUUGAGUGACAGGCCAUUCAUCCAGAAACUGUUCCGACCUGUUUCAGCUGACGGCCAACCACACACACUGGGUGAUCUGCUUAAAGAGAUGUACCCUGCUGCCGUGCCAGAUGAUGGUGAAAAGAAACAUUACCAGGUUGUGAUCCAGGGAAUCGAACCACUAUUAGAAACUCCUCUGCAGUGGCUCAGUGAACACCUGAGUCACCCCGACAAUUUCCUGCAUAUCUGCAUCAUCCCCGUCCCCACUGACUGAGACCAUGUCUUCACUUUUGACUGUCAACAACAGUGAACAGUGAUUCACGCACCAGUUUUGGUGGUCAUCCCCAGGAGUACAUUCUCUAAUGGACUGUAAUGCGAUGGGGAUCAGUAGUUCUUCUGAGAACACAAAAGGCAGAUUAACAAACAAUAUCCAUCUUAUUUAUGUUUCUUCUACUCAUCCCUUCUGUGUGUUUAUAGGAUGACUAAGGACAAACUACUGUAAGCUCAUCAACGGUUCUGCUCUUCCUCCUGCACUCCAAGAACAAAUGCUUUUUUCUAUCUGUAAACGGGUAGUUGAAUAACCAGGGAACUGUACCCCCCCCCACACACACACGCAAUUCUGUGUCAUAUCUUAACCUCCUCUCCAGUUUUGUAAAUGUCUAAGUUACAUAGAUCCAUGGUUUCUAAAGCUUUUUAUUCACAUUUUGAAUGUGAAGCAGACCACAAAUCUGUAAAUAAUUAUAGCUGAAAUUAUGUAGGACUAGGUUUACAUGCAGGGGGCACAGUUUUCUUCUUCUUCUUUUCAGUGCUUCAUUGUCUACAAGCAGAUUGACUUUAGUACUCAUUCUAUGUUGAUUUUUACAAAGCAUUUGAUAAAGUUGGAGGGACUACCCCGUGGAACAUCUUGAGAAUUUGUGGGAUACCCUCAAAGUUGUGGGACAUAAUGCGUGGCCUAUACACAGGUACUGUGAGUGCUGUGCAGAGUAGAGGCAGAAUUUUUGACUUUUUUUACAGCGAAUUUUGAAAUGAAUCAAGGAUUUGUUCUGGCUGCUACUCUGCUCGAUGCUUGCAUGGACUUAAUGUUUGGGAGGGGUCUCAGAAUCUGGUGAUUGGGUCCCUUCUCUAGGAGGAAAGGUUUACCGUCCUUAACUGUGUAGAUGAUCUGAACUUUAAAGUCACUUGAACCAGGGUUUGGAGCUGAUAAGAAGCUGAGUGAUGCGAUGGAGUGUGCAGCCCUGCAGAUAUUCCAGCGCAAGGCAGAGAUCCAGCUUUUCAACAACUUGUUAAACUCGGACAUCAGCAAUGUUUAUUUAUGUAAGGUGUGUCAAACUGACUGUGACAGUGUGGCUGCAAAAGAUCUCAUAUGUCAUGAUGGUUCAGUGAUUCUGGUCUGACUGUACGGUUGUGGGUCCUGGAUCACUAAGACAAGUAUGUCUUCAGGACUAGAUCUCACUGGAGAAUCUUUCAGCAUCGCUGGAAUGACUUAAUGUCAAAUGAGCAGUGAUUAAGGGAUACCCAGAUGAAGAGUAUUAAAUGUAAGCACUCUGGCCACAAGUCAUUCUUGGGUUCAAGAUUUCUGUCUAUGGAAGAAUGUCCAUCAAAUUAAUUAUUUGGUCAUAGUCCAAAAGCGAGCAUGAACCAAACACUUCAAAUUUGUCCCUACAGGGAGAAAAAUCUACCUGGUUAGUGCGCAAAAUACUGGAAGGAGUACAAACCCCCCCCCCCCCCCCCCC